GGGAAAGGACAUGCCCUUCGACGACCGCUCGGGUACACUGUAUCACUUUUCUGAUCCACUUGGCGGCGCUGAGGAAAGCAUCGACGUCCAACGGCUACAGUGACUGCCUGCUGAUCGACCUCGACGUCGACACGUAUGCUUGACUCCUCGCACUCCCUUUCGUCCUCUUUUGUGCAUACGGCAACUCAGCAGGACCAGAGCUCUGCUUCUUGGAGUCCUCGAGGCUACCUCAUGAUAGAAAGUCUUCUACAGACUCCAACUUCAACGCUAAGGGGCGGGGUUACCUCUUCGCAACUAUCGCACUUCGGGCUUAGCUCCCGCGGAUACAGAAUUGGCGCCGGUGUCCUGGGCGGACUGUCCUCGACAUGACGAUUAUUCAUCGACCGAAAAUUGCCAUAAUGACCCGGGCACGGUCAGGCUUUGUCACUUCCCCGAAGUCGCUUCCUCAGCUGGUCAUGUCGCGGUGGAUAAAUCCGACGGACGUGCUCGAAAUUCCCCACUGCGCACCCGGAGGGUUAGAUGGAAAAUCACCUGCACUUGCGCUGAGGACGUCAAGCUUACGCGCGCCUGUAGGUAUAGCCUGGCUCGAGGACCGGAGGAUGACUGGAAACCAAGCUGCUGGGCGGGAUUAUGUUCUAGCCUGGCGAUAGGUACGCGCCUGGGGCCUGUCUGUUCGCUUUAGCGAGAUGCACGCAGUCAUGGCUGUCGAAAAUGAAGGAGGGUUGAGUGCGGCCUGAAAGUUAGAGUGCACCGUGCCUUCGGAGGAUGCAGGGGCGCGGUGGGCCAGGCUGCGUCGCCCCGGACGGAGCGGAUGCCGUGCGUGUGGCCACAAAAGUGUCUGAAAAUAGGUGUCGCUUUUGAGCGGUCAAUUAGCGCGAUCUAAGGAAUAGAGAGUCAAUUCUGUCAAUAAAUCCAGUCAGAAGUUGGGCGUGGCAGUCUCGCGGCUGCUAUAGUCUAUGUGGAACGC